UCGUGCGAUGAACGUCAGUGACGGUUCACUUGCGGGCGGUGCAAAAUUGACGUUGACGGGCGAAUAUAGUGCUGAUUGCGCGCGUGUAUUGACACAUAUAACAGUAUUAUUUUGUUUGUUUGUCAAACAAAUUUUUUGUUUUGCUCACCUGCAGCCAGACAGGCGGUGCGUUGGCAAGCAAAGUGAUAUUGUUCGAAAGGCGAAACAAGUUUAUUCGUGCAUUUUGUAUAAAAUAAAUGUGAUUUAUUGAAAAAUUAGUGGCGUGGAAGCUCACAAAACUAGUGUGGAGCAUUAUUUAAUGUUGAGCUGCGUUUAGUACUUGCUGCAGUUGUUGCAAAAUAUCGAUAAAUUCGGCGGUGAAGCCACAAGACGCGGUGUGUGUAUGUGGCGAAAGGUGUGUGUAAGCAGUGCAGAAACGUGAAAAGUAGGAAAAUAAGUGAAAUUCGUAGUAUAAUUUUGCCAAGUAAAUGUAAAUAUAGCUAAACAAAAAUUGAAGCACAUUCUAAGGCUGCGAAUUUUAUGCAAUAAAAGUGCAACAACAACAUUAAAAAGCAACAAAUAAAAUAUUUAAAAUUCAGUCAGAGAAGGAGUUUGAGCUUUGAACUGCGCUACCGGAAUGCGCGAGACCUUCUGCGGCAGCUAGUUAAAUAUGGCAAAUGGCACAAACAACCAAGAAAAACAAAAUUAAAACGUUUAUAAAAAUAUCAGUGCACAAAAAGUGAGGUUAAGGCCAUAACGGCAAUUUACAAACAGCUGUGCGCCUUAAAUGAAGUUGACAAAGUUGUUAUUGGCCGACCAGUGUUUGCCUGACUAAAUGGUAUCAAAGCAGCUCUAACCCAAAUAUAAAUAAAGCACAGAUUUCAGAUAAAAAAAAAAUUGAAAAAUAAAUAUCUUUAAGCGCAGUGCGCGGUUGUGGGUGCUCAUCAUGAAUAAAAUUUCAAGUGCAAAGAAAAACAAACAAAAUUUGUUAUAAUCCACGAAAAGAAAACUAAAAUUUUUGUGCGACCUUUUCGGCUGCCCGCCCCACCACGCUUAGUGGCUUGGUGACACCCACAAAGUAUUAAAACCACUCGAACGGUAACUAUAAAUAUGUAUAUGCGCAACAACAACAACUUCUAAAAAACAACUAGUGACAAAGUGCGUGGCAAAAAAAUACAAAAAAAAAUUAAGAAAAAAAGUUCGAAAAAAGUGCGAAAAAGAAAAAUUGCCGAAAAAACCGAGUGGCCGUCGAGAAAAGUGAAGAAAAUACCGACGAAAGUGCAAAAGGAAGCGGAUGACAGCAAUUGCGAUAAAGUGACAAUGAAAAUUGUUUCUCCUCGUAAUGGCUAGGAAAGCGCACAACUUCACAUUACAGCAACUAAAACAACAAUAGCCGGUCCAGCAGACACAACGGACACGCCUCGAAGCUGCAAGUGCCAACCACUGCCGCGCGCCGCUGUCUAAAAUGGAUGAUUUAUAAGCUUGCAGCCAAACGCGCGCGAUUGCAAUACGAGUGUAAAAGAAAUCCAACAGCUGUGGGAAAAUCAGCGCAACGAAUUCAUAUCAAGCUUUGAACAGACUAUUUAGGGUAGCAAAAAGCAGCGAAAGAGUGCGCAGCAAAGCAGUUGAAAAAUACGGAUAAAGCAACAAUAACAAGCAGCAAAAACAGCAGUUGCAGUUCCUUUAACAUUAAAAAACUACAUCGCAAGCAAACACAAUCUGUCUGAAAGCACUAACAGUUACAUCGUCAGAAACUUCGAAAAUGAUGGACAGCACAUUAAAUCACACCCCAGCUGCCGUAAUCCCAAUAACCGUUGCAUAACAAACGCAGGCACUAAACCUUUCAUUGCCGCAACAUGAACAUCGAACAGCAGAAAUUCCCACCACCACCAACGAACUUGCUGUCCGACAGCGGUUACACCAACGGCUAUGCCACACCCAGCGGCAGCAGCAUUACCACAACCUCAGCAGACACAUCAGCGUCGUCGCCUGCCUCACAAACGACCACCUACGUGAAUAUACCGAUUAUACCACAUGGUCAGCUGCCCGCAUCCACGUCAUCCACAUCGACCGCCUCACCACCGCUGCCGCCACCACCACCUUCAACCAUAUCAAUGAUGGCGGGCGGUGGCAGCACACCGAACAGUGGCGGCACAAGCACCUUCAAGACACCAUUACUGCCCAUGCCCACGCUCGAGGACAUCGAAGGCGGCCUGCUGGCUGUCACCACAGCUAAUGCGCCCACCCCAAUGCCUGUCGGUAUACUCAAAUAUCCGAAUGCUGCCGCCGCGGCCGCCGCAGCAUCGGUGGCAACUACACCGCUUACACUGCCACCAUCUACGUUGAGUAUGUGCGGCAGUGGCAUGGGUCCGGGGCCACCACCGACGCUAAUGCAAGCGCCUGCUCUAACGUUACCCGCCUCAACUGUGUCUAGUGGUUAUUUGAGUGGUGUUACCAGUAGUUAUCAAUCAGCGUCACAUGCGCAACAACAGCAACAACAACAUCAAUUACCACCUGCCACACUCUCACUAAACAGCGAUAUGCUGCAGCAUCAGACGACACCAAUAACGGUGCUUUCACUGCAGCAUUCCACGCAACAAGCGUUACCACCACCACCACCGCCCUCUGUGGGUCUACUCAAUAGUAGCAGCGGUGUUGCGCUUGGCUUAAAUGCGAGCAGCAAUGCCAAUAUGGGGCGUAACAGUCAUCAGUCUAAUACCACCGUUGGUAUGGGUAGCUCCGGUGCUGCAACAACAAGCAGUAACGUGGAUUCAAAGCGCUCGGCAAAAUGCUGCGGUUGUUUCAGUAGUAGCCACUCUUCAUCAACAACGAAGUCACAGCAUAAAAAGCAUCGCAAACAGAAGGCACAAACAAUUUGGUCCGCUCUGUUAACGAACCUGGGGAUCUGUGCAUUGCUGCUAGCCUACACUUUAUUGGGUUCAUUCAUAUUUCUAACAAUCGAGAGCGAAGACUCAACGUUCCUGCAUCAUCAUAAUCACCAUCAUCAUCCCAGUCAUCAUGCAGUGCUGCAGCGACAACGCCAACAGCAACAGCAACAACAACAGCGCACACUCGCUUCCACUAAACGUGGUGGCGGUAAUAUGGAAAAUAUUUAUCACACUUCACCCGAACAAAUGCAUCUGGACAAUGCCACAGCGUUAUCGUCACAAAACGCAUACGCCCCGCACACCGACACCGCCGCGGCAUCAUUAUCUGGCACGACUGCUUAUUCUUCUACGUCAAAUGUCGCUUCCGCUGCCGCCAAUGCCAUGCUCGAGGGCAUUGUACCGUUGAGCGAUGAGCAUGGCGACACGGGCGUUGUAGAUUUCAGCUAUGGUGAUGAACUGCUCGGCGGCGAUGGCGUCACUUCGGCACAGUUGGCGCUGUCGGCCGACACGCAGGAAGUGCGACAACGCACCAUUGAGAAUAUCUGGGAUAUAACGGUGUCAUUGAAUAUACUCUACAAGGAGAAUUGGACGAAGCUAGCCGCUUUGGAAAUUGCCAAAUUUCAAGACCAAUUAAUCAAGAGACUGAAUGAGGAUGCGCUACUGCAAUUAUCACAUGAAAUGGAUGGCGGCAUCGCUGCUGGCGGCGGAAAUGGUGCGGCGAUUGCUGGUAAUAGUCCGGCUACGGAAGCUGUACUCCUACACACACACGGCGGUCAAUACGGUCAUGGUCAUGGACCGCACGAAUGGAAUUUCGCCAAAGCGUUUCUCUACUCGCUCACCGUACUGACGACAAUUGGUUACGGUAACAUAGCACCACGCACUACGCUCGGCCGUUUGGUGACACUCGUCUACGCCAUUUUCGGCAUACCGCUUACGCUCAUUUAUCUCUCCAGUACUGGUGGCAUUUUAGCAAAAGUGGCACGUGAGGUAUUCUCCAAAGCAUUAUGCUGUUGUCUCUGCUCAAAUUGCGGCUAUUGUUGUUACGAUGAAAAGCGUAUGGCUGAAAAGGAGCGUCGCAUGAAGCGUAAACGACAGCAAGAGGAAUUGCGUAAACAACAGGCUGCCUUGCAGGAACCCUACUAUGUACACGACUCGUACGCCACAACGGAGAAACAAUCAAAUCUACCUAGUGGCACACAAAUGUUGCCACCCGACAUCGAUUCGUUGAGUGCGAGUGAAUCACGUGGCUCCAUGCAUGGGCUGAGUAUAUUGGCGCCAAUUUUGUUGUGCCUUUCAAUGAUGAUCAUCUACAUACUAAUCGGUGCAGUCGUACUAUACCGACUGGAAGACUGGCCCAUACUCGAUGGCAUCUACUUUUGUUUCAUGAGUUUAUCAACAAUUGGUUUUGGUGAUAUGUUACCGGGUUUGCGACGUGAAUCCACUACGACCACAUGGUUUUGUUCGAUUUAUAUCAUGUCGGGCAUGGCGCUCACAGCGAUGUGCUUUAAUGUUAUACAUGAGGAGAUUGUGCAUCGCAUCAAAAUCGUGGUAGAAUUCAAGAAAGCAAGCAAUGCGCUGGAUACGAUGGGCGAGGAGCAAGGCUACUAUAUGCCGCCUUGACAAUUUGAGAAGGGCACAAGCUUGUACAAACGCAAUCCCACCGAAGAGACGCUGGUGUCAGGCACGCCAACUUCCCUCGCUUACGGCGCACAGCUGGACACAGAUCUAAGUCAGCUGCAUGCGUUGAAGGACUAUGUCAAUCAUGAGCUUGUUCCCAUACUCACCAUGGAUCCGAACAGCGCGUCAACCACCUCAACACAUCUCCUAAAAGGCGCAAAUACAAAUACCAUGCCUUUAAACAGCUUGACGCCCUACACAAGCGCAGCAACCACUGCUACGACGCCGCCAAGUCUGCUACCGACUGGUGCCGGUCUUACAACCUUAAACGCACCUAUUUUGGACAAUUCCACGUUGUCGUCACAAUCCUGCUUGGAUCCAACAAUCAGCGGCAGUGCAUCGCAGGCGGUCAUGAGUGUUUACACUUUGAGUGAGGAAACCGAAAUGGAGUCUUCAACAGAUUGUAUGUAAGUGAGUAGUAGUUUUAGCAGCGAAUUGAGGACAAUGAAAAUUUGAGUAAAUAAGUGAAAGUGUUGGACUAAUCUAUAAACUUACAUAGUGACUAGGUUUGUAAAUAGAAAAUUUGUAUAGUUUGUGCCAGGUUUGUUAAAAGUUCUGCUGAGACGGCAAGAUAUUGCUUAGUUAGCGUAAAUACUUCGAGUACACGUUUUAGUUCACCUCACUAGGUUUUAUGCAUCCUACUUUUUUCUGAACUUCAUUAUUUUUAGCAUGCAAAUUCUGAGCCCAAACCAGGGCCUUCUUCCACUCGUUACAACUUUAGAGAGCAACUUAUCGCCGCUGUAAAUGUAAGAAAAUUGAAGAACUCUGAGUGGCUCCGUACAAGGUUUUACUCAGCCAGUAUUUUCAGCGAUUCUUGUUCGCAAAAUAUAAAGCACUCUGUAAGCUAAACUCAGACCAGAGCCCAUACCAAAAACUCCUUCCUUGCGAUGCAGCUUUAGAGAGCAUUUUAUAGCCGACGUAUAUGGAAGAACAUUAGUGAAGUCUGCUCCAGAGCAGCUCAUUUGGAGAUUCCUUUUCGUGAAAAAUAUACAGCUCCGGGAUUUAAAUCGAAAAAACAUUAAUUGAGCCACUCAAACAGUCUCGUUAUACAAUUCAACCAAAAUCUGCAGCAUCCAUAAUCAGAGAGCACAGGGAAAAUCCUUGAUUUUAAUAUAAGAACCUCCGAGUCUUCAGUUUAGUCUGGAAGAAUGUGGGUUUUGAAAGCUUAAGGUCGGGAAUGCAUUAUGGAAACAACAUGCUUUACCCAUUAGCUUCUUUUUAUGAAGACAGCUAACUGUUCGUCUUUACACAAAUGAUUAUCGAAUUGAAAUCAGCUGUUCAGUAUCAAUCAGCUGUUCGGAUUGGGCUUUUUAUACAAUAUGAAGAUCGCCUUAAAAAUACCACAUAAGAGCGAAAAAACUUGGAAAAUACCCAGCAACAGGUGUCAGCUUAAAUAUAAUGUUACUGUGGUGGCAAUCCUAGCCUCCAGGCUCAUUUUGGUUAUGUGAAACCGACCAAGGCUCUUUUGAACCCCGGAAUUUCUCUCUCAGUAGAUAAACAAGUAUAAAUGUAGGAAAACAUAUUUGCAUGUAGAGUCCUUUACUUACAUUUAUUUUCAACUUUAAUUUAUUUAAACACUAUUUUCAAUUUUUAAAGCAAAAUUUUGCCACGCUGAAUUUGCUAAAUAUUAAUUUUUUUCAAUGAAUUUGCUUAAUACAUUUUUUUUUUUUUACAAAAACGUUGGCUGUUGGUUUUUGUAAAACGUUCCACCAAUAUAGAUCGCUUCAAAUUAUCGCUUACCCGGAAGAUAAAAAUUAAAUAAAACUGGCCCACAAACAAAAACAGAAUGAAAAUAUCACUAGUCGAGACAAUGAUAACAUUUUUUAGCAGUGCAUAGGUGUUAAAUAAAUUACUUCAGACCAUAAACAAUAAAAAUAAUUAGAAUAAUUUAUAAAAUAUAUAAAUAAUACAGACAAAUAUAAAUUAUAUAAAUAUUAUGAAUAUAUAAAUUAGCAUAAAAUUUAUAUGUGUCUGUAGUCCUUAAGAUCUGUAUAUAAAUCAGCAACAAUUGACUUCUUCGCUGUCACACUGAACUCCAAUAAAUAGUAUUAGUCUAACAAUUACAAAUUUAUGUGUAUAUUGUGUGGUUCCACAAAAUAAUAUAUAAUUACAAAUAAUUGUUACGAAUUUUGUACGAUUCUUGGAAAAUAUAAAAAUAACAUAUUUUGUAGUGAAACUAUAUAAGUAACUUGAAAGCAGUUAGAAGUAUUAAAUUAACAAACGUACUAAACUACUUUCGCAUAUUCAUAGAUUCUAAAUCUUUUGUACAUGUCAGUAAUAUAUAAGUAAUUAACUGUACUUUUAGCUCUAACAAAAUGCAUAAAAGUAAAAAGUAAUAAAUUAGUAAAUAAAAUGUAGAUAUAAAAAAGCAUUUGAAAUGUUAGUGAAAGAAACGAAUGUUAAUAGAUACAUAACUAUUAGUUGAAUUGAAAGAAUUUUUAAAUUGGAGUAUUUAAACUUAGUAAUACUAAGAUUAAUUAAUAUGUAUGUAGUUUAAAAUGAAACUGUAAAUUUAUAAAACAACGGCAGUAAUUACAGAAAAUAAAAUUUAUUAAUUGUUA